UUAAAAUUUCACAAUUGAAAAUUUCUUAAUCAAAUGAAAAAAUAACACAUUGAGAGAUUUUCUCGUUGCAUUUUAAUUUAGAAAUCAAUGAGAUGCAGAUUGCGUGUCUACUACUACUUAUUGUCACCUUUUCGAUAGCGACUGCCGUGAUAAAUAGUGACGAUUUCAAUGCUGCAAUCAUACACAGUGGCUUUCAAAAUCCAUCCAAUGAAAUUUAUGGCUACUUUAAUGCCGUGACCUCGGAUUUUCAUCAAGACGAGGCAGCAAUGUUCCUAGCCCAGCUUUUGCACGAGAGUGCCGGCUUCAAAUUCGUUGAAGAAAUAGCCUGUAAAAAAACCAAAUGCCCUGACAAGUACAUAGACAAGGUAGGCCUGCCCGGCAAGUACUACUACGGACGGGGUUACAUCCAACUGACCUGGGGUCGCAAUUACAAGGAGGCCUCCAAAGGUUUAGGAUUGGGCGAUCGGCUUCUUGAAGACCCGGAUCUCGUGGCCUCCGACAAAAACCUGUCGAUGCAGGUGAGCAGCUGGUUUUGGAUGAAAAAUGUCAGGCCGCGGAUCAAGAAGCAUCCGAAUCAAUUUGGGAUCACGACCAGGGCUAUUAACGGGGGCGAGUGCAGGAAGUACCCCGAAAGAGCCAAAAAGAGGUGGGACAUUUAUAGAAAAAUUGCCGAGUUGCUGAACGUGGAGAUGGCCGCAGAAAGUGGGUGUUAUAACUGACUCGUUUCACAUAAGAGUGUACUCUAAAGUCAAAGAGGACACAAAUUUCGUUAGCUUCUCUUUCAGUGCAUUGUAGUUGUUGGAAAUAUAAAAAAAAAAAAACUUCCCUUCUCUA